CGCACGCCGGUUCUAGCGACGACCGAAACUUAGUUGUGUACUUAGUGAAGAUGGUGUUGACCGAUUUUCUGACGGAGACUCGAAGGAAGUGGUUGAAGGCCUUCAAGCUGUUCAAACGGAGCAAGAGUCGCAAAAGCGCCCGCAAUCGCAUUUCUCCUCUCGUGCGCUCACCAUCUUACUCUGGCACCGUCGACGCUCGCUCCGAGAUCGACAUCCAACGCUACUGUCCUUGCAGAGCCUCCCUACCGCCCCUCCACAUCCCUAGCGAAAGCAUCGAUGGAUACAGCAGCUGCAAUAGCUACGACAGCUCACGAAACGAAAGUUUACGCAGCUCCGAGUGUGGGUACAACUGCGCGCGAUCAGACUCCGCCUAUGAAUCCGCCAGGAGCAGCCCGGCUAGAGCACCGGUCUGCUAUGCCACAGUCACAUAUUUUAACGUUAACGACAGCGAGGAUAGCAGCAGUAUCAGAACAGAAUAUACGCUACUAGAUUAUGAUGUGGAGGACAGAGACUUGGACGGGACUGAGGAGAGAGCGCAGAAUCUUAUCAACGAAAGCUUGGAGCUGGUUAGCACUUUAUGAAUUCGUUUUAGCUAAGGUAGAUUUUGUAUGAUAUUAUAGUGUUUUGUUUUGGAUUAGCUUUAAAAUAGUUUUAAUUGUGGUGUGCUCUUGAUGAAAAA